GGGAAACCCUCGUCCUCCGAUCAUCAGACAAAAAGCAAAGUUAAAAAAGUUGAUAUUUUUAACAAACGUUUCUGCUUUGGUCGCUCAGUUGCAGCAUUAUCUUCAACCUUUUCCUCUUCAUCUUGUUGGUUUUUGUUGGUGAUUCCUUCCAACCUCUUUGGCUUUCUGGGUCUCAUCCUAGCAAUGUCUCAAACAAGGGAACCUCCUCCUCCUCGUCGGAUCCUCCGACAAAACAAGAACCAUCUCCCACACGACAUCGUACUCAACAUCUUGGCAAGGCUGCCUGUCAAAUCAGUCCUAAGAUUCAGGUGCGUCUCCAAAAACUGGUACUCCUCUAUCGCCACUCCUAAUUUCAUCUCCAACCACCUUAUUUAUCACAAAAACAACAACAACGACAACUUAGCUUAUCUCAUAAAAAUUCCUCCUACUAUUGCUUCUCCUCUUAACAACAACAUCCCAAUCUUUAUCGGUGGUUACGACCACGCAUUUAAUAGGAUUUCCGAGUACCCAAUUCCCUUUGCUUUUCUUGUAUCUUCUGCCCUAUCAGCUGGUUCAUGCAAUGGCCUGGUGUGUCUCUAUCAAUUUAGAGACGAUCCCACUAAUGCUGAUCCUAUAUAUUUGUGGAACCCCAGCAUUAGAAAAGUUAAGAGGUUGCCUGAUUCUAUAUAUUCCUUAACACAUUUUGAUCGGGUUUCUACUGAAUUUGCUUAUCAGUCUGAGACCAAUGACUACAAGGUUGUCAAUAUCUAUCAAAUGCCAGGUCCCAUCCACCGUCGGUUUGAGGUUGAGGCUGAGGUUUACACAUUAAGCUCUAACUCUUGGAGAAAGAUUGGAAUCUCAUUGACAAACAAUAUUGUGGUCUCCCCUUUCACCAAUAAAGCUUCCACAUUUGUUAGUGGGGCUUUGCAUUGGUUGGGAUACAUUUCUGAAGCCGCAUUUCCUUACGUGAUUUUGUCAUUUGAUGUCAAUAAUGAUAAAUUUGGAGAGAUAGCACUUCCUGAUGUACAACAACUGCUACCACAAGGUCUAAUGGCGGACCCAACUUCUCUGAUGGUGUUCAAGGGGAAACUGGCCUUCAUUACAUUGGGUUACCGCCACAUCAGUGGCGUCAUCAACUAUGAAUACAGUGACUUUGUGAUUUCUCAUCGUAAUUCAUGCUUCAUAUGGGUGAUGAGGGAGUAUGGUGUGCACGAAUCAUGGAGUAAACUUUUUUUUGUCAAGUUUGAAAAUAUUAACCAUGUACAUUUCUUGGGUUGCACCAGUCGCGGUGAACUGCUAGUUAUAAAGAAUGGAGUUUAUCCCAAAUUCAACGCCAAACGGAGACGCAAGGAAGAUUGAGAUAACAGAUGGUGCAGGAAACACUUCUUAAUCUACUACUUUGCAAAUACCUUCAUUACAACUUAUAUGAUCAGGCAGAGAAGCUUAGGUCAAAGGCACCUCAGUUUGAAGC